UAUGCCAUCUACGUCAAGGCCAUCACUCUGGUGGCAGAGGAUAGACACAUCCUGGGAGCCAAGAGUGAAGUAGUCUACAUCAGAACCAGCCCCUCAGGUAAAGGACAGGUGGAGGGUGGAGGGUUCUACCUGUCACCUCUCAAGCCCUGGACCCAGUAUGCCAUCUACGUCAAGGCCAUCACUCUGGUGGCAGAGGAUAGACACAUCCUGGGAGCCAAGAGUGAAGUAGUCUACAUCAGAACCAGCCCCUCAGAGCCGUCCAUGCCCCUGGAUGUGAGAACAUACUCUAACUCCUCUACCAACCUGGUGGUCCGCUGGUCUCCCCCUGCCUCCCCCAACGGGAACCACACCUAUUACCUGGUCCGCUGGCAGCAACAGGCUGAAGACAGAGAGCUAUACCAACACAACUACUGCUCGAAAGAACUGAAGAUCCCGGUCCGUAUAGCUGCUACCGGGUUGACUGACAUGGAGGAGGACCUGAAGCCUACUAAACCAGACGUUGGUGGGGGGGACAAGGGGCCGUGCUGUCCCUGUCCUAAAUCUGUCGGAGACCUGGAGGCAGAGGCAGCUGACGCUUCAUACAGAAAAGUCUUUGAGAACUUUUUACACAACUCUAUCUUUACCCCCAGGUAAGCAGAUCACAGGCCGUAACACACACCUGGGGAGG